AGUACCGACGGCCCAGUGAACUGCUACCGCGCGUCUCCCUAAUUCCAUCUCUUCUCAACACCGUAAAGCCAUGCGACCGUGCCACCGGGAACGGAACAAUAGCUUUCAUUUCUCACUCUUCUAAAGAUGUAUCGUAGCGCCGAACGAGGCAUGCUUGACGUGCGGGAGCGGACGGUAUGUUCGCUCGCAGUACCGCUCAGAAUGAAGCUAUAAGAGCGUAGCAGUCGCUUCUACCAACCGCAUCAUCGAUCGCAAUCAAAUCUUCGUUCUCAUUGCUGAGCCUUUUACCUAAGAGUGCUUUCUUUGUAAUAACCCCUCCAUCAUGAGCAUCGGAAGAGCAGCAGCCUCACGUGUGUGUGGCAAACCUGUAGGCCCCAUCGGAUUUGGAAUGAUGGGCUUGACUUUCCCUCCUCCGUUCCCCCAGUUUGAGCGUGAGCAUCAAACAAGCCUACUGAAAAAGGCAUUGGACCAGGGUGCCAACCUUUGGAAUGGAGGGCUUCACUAUGGCACGCCAGAAUCAAACUCGGUACACUUGCUGCGAUACUACUUCGAGAAGUACCCCCAGGAUGCUGAGAAGGUUGUCCUCAACAUCAAAGGUGCCUACGACCGUUACACCGGACCAGCAGGAAGUCCGGAGGCUAUUCGCGCAUCCGUAGAACAAGCUCUCAAAGGGUUGGGAGGCGCAAAGGCGAUUGACAUAUUCGAGAUGGCCCGUGUCGAUCCCCGCACGCCCAUUGAGACUUCUAUCAAAGCCUUGGCUGAGCUGGUAGAAGAGGGCAAGAUUCGUGGUAUUGGCCUGUCCGAGGUCAACGCGACUACCAUUCGCAAAGCUCACACCGUGCAUCCCAUCGCAUCCGUAGAGAUUGAGUUGAGUUUGUUUACACCCGAUCCGCUCCACAAUGGCAUUAUGGAGACGUGCCAUGAACUCGGCAUCCCUGUCAUCGCGUACAGUCCGGUCGGACGAGGCUGGCUUACGGGCAAUUUCAAAAAGAUCGAUGAUCUGUCGCCAAAUGACUUUCGAAUUCAGAUGUUCGACCGCUUCAAGCCUGAAGUUUUCGAUCAAAACUACAAACUUGUCGAGGCCGUUGAGAAGGUCGCCCAUCGCAAAGGCCUCAAGACAUCGCAGGUUGCCAUCGCUUGGGUAGCGCGUCAGGGGGCGAUUCCUAUUCCUGGAUCCACCAACAUCGAGCGUGCCAUCAUGAACAGCAGGCUAUCAGAAUUGACUGAUGAAGAUAUGGAAGAUCUUUACAAAGCACAACAGACCUUUCCCAUAGCAGGUAAACGAUAUGGAGGCGCACACGAGGACCUACUGAACGGUUGA